AAUUCCAUCGUUAUUUGCAUCCAUCAUUUCAGGAGUAAAAAUAAAUUUUUGUCCCAUAUUAGUAAAUCGAUUUGUGCACAACACUACAGUUUGCGGUUGGCAUUCUGGGUACAUCCACAGAUCUGCCAUUACGGCUGCUUAUAUGUUAGCUUCCACGGAGCUACUAUUUGGAAUUGGACAUCUUACGCUGUAACACGCAAAAUGAAGAGCGUUUGCGACGACUACCUCGGCCAGGGAAGUUCCUUCCAAAUCUUCUUGACAUUGGUCCGAUACCCACUCGGGAUCGCGCUCUUUCUCUUACCCUGGUCAAUGAAGUUCGGAGGAAUCAUAGCUGGCCCGAUACUCAUUGCUGUGUUUGUCAUCAUCAAUGCAUACAGGGGGCAUGUGCUGACGAAGAUUGCGGAAGAUUUAACGUCGAAAGGUAUCGCAGCCCCUUCCGGCAUCAGCGACUGGUGGGUUCUAGAGAACUCAAUGGGAGGAAUAAGGCGAACCUCAGUCAAUUGCUACCUCGUCGUAUUCUCUACCAUACAAUGGUUUUCCCUGCUCGGCCACGCAAGCACGUUCCUGGCUUUCGCGGGUCUCAGUUUUCGCCAGGUGUUCCAGACAUCGGCAGGUGUUGACGGCGAUCGAGUUGCCAUAGGGAUUUGUAUCGUAGCGGUGGUUAUCGCCCACGCGUUCACUCAGUGGUUGCGAAACAAUAUCCAUGGUUCGUGUGAGGAUUGCAUCUGCCCUUGCAUUUGCUCGGCCUUCCUACUCAUCCUACUUCCCGCACUGUUUGCUGUGUUUCUUGGUUUGCCAACGAUUGUAUCUUUCACUUCUCGGCUGGCCUCAAGCAACGACGCUCUUCAACUGACUACCAAUGCAAAAUGGGACAAGAUAUGCUUACUAUUUGCUGGAGUUAUUUUCACAACAGGGGCUACUCCUGAUGACGUAACAGCGUCUUAUGAGAAUCUCAGGGAUCGCAAGAAGUUUCCGAUCAUAUUGAUAGUGGCUGCGGUUGUAACGAUUGUGGUCGGUAUCGGAAUGUCUGUCGCAGUCUUCCUGGGUCUCGGGCUCGAAACUUGCGGAAGCAUCACUUUCAAUUUGCCUCUCAACGGAGGAACUUACCCCAUUGUGCGGAUAGCAUCUGGGACACUGGCAUUAGUGUUUGUAUCUUUCCGGCACCAGAUCGAUCCUGCAUUAUCUGAACGCUUAUCUGGGGCUGAGAUUUUAUGCGAUGUCGCUUUUAAGAUGAUUUUUCUUGGAGUUGCAGGAGGACUGGCACUAGGGAUUCCAAGCUACGCAGGCCUUGCGUGUUUGUUCGGAUCUUUGACUUCAUUCACGCUGACUUUCGUUUUUCCAUUCUUGAGUGAUCUCUUGCUACACGUAACUGGGGGAAGGGUGGCAGCAGACGAUGAUGAGGAUUUGUUGCAUGACGAGGAGGGAACAAGUCUAACUGGAGAACCGUCCAGCAGGCACCAACACCAAGAACCACUGUCCGUGCUUCGAAUAAUCAGAGAUGUUCUGUUCAUUGCAAUCGGUAUCGCUGGACUAAUAGCAGGGAUGGUCUACACAUCUGAAUUCCUACGGACUAAGUUAGAGCAGAGUGCACUGGCAGACUGCGACCACGUGCCGUACAACGGAACCUCUAUCUUCAGCACUGUUUGAUUUUCGGUCUAUAUGGACGGGAUUUAGUACUAAGCGCAGUCGUCAGUCGGA